UUUGUUUACCUCCCCUCUCCAGCUUUCCCUCUCGCUGCGCAGCUUCUGCUUUUCACAGCAUUUUGCAUGAAAGUGGCAAUCUGUGAGGAUUACCCAGUUUGAGGGCUAAAAAAAAGGAUACUGUUGCUUGGGUGCUGAUUUUGACUCAAGGCAGAACUGAAAAUAUGGGUUCCGUUUCCAACCAGGAGUUUCCAGGAGUGUGUAAGACCGAGGAGGAUGAAGGACCGAGUACAGAGGAGGAUUCGCAGUCUUUCCACGGGCUCGGUGUGUGCAAGUGGUUCAAUGUCCGCAUGGGCUUCGGGUUCCUGUCCAUGACUAACCGGGAGGGAGUGCCGCUGGACGAACCGGUUGAUGUGUUUGUCCAUCAGAGCAAAUUGCACAUGGAAGGCUUCCGUAGCCUGAAGGAGGGUGAAGCGGUUGAGUUUACCUUCAAGAAAUCCUCAAAAGGGCUGGAGUCACAGCGAGUUACUGGACCAGGUGGCAUUCACUGUGUGGGCAGUGAGCGAAGACCCAAAGGCAAGAAGGUCCAAAAGCGACGUUCAAAGGGAGACAGGUGUUAUAACUGUGGAGGCCUGGACCAUCAUGCUAAAGAGUGCAAGUUGCCACCCCAGCCCAAGAAGUGCCAUUUCUGCCAGAGCAUCGACCACAUGGUCGCUAGCUGUCCAAUCAAAGCACAACAGUCCUCACCAGGUUCUCAGGGAAAACCGUCCCCCUUAAAAGGAGAUGAAGGGGAGCAGUCGACGCCCCCUCCUGAGACAUCUGAUUAAACUAGAGAUUGAGCCACUCCGAAGCACAGAAGCCAAUCAAACUGCUUUGACGGCGAGUAGGGAGACAUGACCUCUCCCAGUUGUUAAAGCUGCUUUUGGAAUUGCCUCAGGUUAAAAUACUCAAGAAUGUGUCAUUGUUUCACUUGGCGUAACACUCAGGAAUACUGCUGUAUUAUUGCACUCAGGAAGCUUGCUAAAUGUAUUAAUCACUGCUGUGAGAGGGGGUUGAGACUGUAGAGAGUAAUGCCACAACAACAGAUUGUCAUGGUAAGAUUUUACAGAUUUUUUUUCAGGUGGCACUGUACCUCCCCUCUGAACUUUAUACAUUCUACAUUUUUUGUCUGAUCUUUAGUGUGUUAGUAUAGAGCUGCACUUUUGCUGCCUUACCAUUUGGUCUCCUUCCUGACUGUUACACUGCACCACCAACAAUGCAGAGAUGUAACAGUAUCUCUGAAACGAAUGUUAGCAUACAAAUCAC